AUUUCUCUUUCUCCCAGAUAGAUCUUAUCUCACGUGUCGUCAAUCUGGAAUUAUGGUUAGGGUUAGGGUUUGAUUGUUAAUUACACCUCUUCUGUUAUUGGAUCUCCGAUCUUCGGAGUUUUUUGGCCACUGAAUUUCUUCAUAGUGAAGAGUUGAUUUGGUGGGAAUAAUGGAAGAAACGAAGCGGAACCUUUGUAUGCAGUAUGUAUUGUUGCUUCUGAUCGGUUACUUUGCUUCUCAGCUAUACGCUUCUUCUGAUGUGAAAUUCUAUGAGUCAUUUGAUGAAGCGUUUGAUGGGCGAUGGGUGGUGUCUGAGAAGGAGGAAUAUAAAGGUGUAUGGAAACAUGCAAAGAGUGAGGGACAUGAUGAUUAUGGGCUUCUUGUGAGUGAAGUGGCUAGGAAGUACGCAAUUGUGAAGGAGCUUCAUGACCCUGCAGAUCUCAAGGAUGGAACUGCCAUUCUCCAGUACGAAACUCGCCUCCAGAAUGGGCUUGAAUGUGGCGGUGCAUAUCUCAAAUACCUCCGACCACAGGAGGCUGGGUGGACGGCCAAUGUUUUUGAUAGCGAGUCUCCCUACUCUAUAAUGUUUGGACCUGAUAAAUGUGGGGCCACAAACAAGGUUCACUUCAUUUUGAAGCAUAAGAACCCCAAGAGUGGCGAAUAUAUUGAACACCAUCUCAAAAACCCUCCAUCUGUGCCAUCUGAUAAACUAACCCAUGUAUACACCGCCAUUUUGAAACCUGAUAAUGAGUUGCGGGUCUUGAUUGAUGGAGAAGAGAAGAAGAAGGCUAAUUUCCUCUCUGCUGAAGAUUUUGAGCCCCCACUUGUUCCUCCCAAGACAAUUCCUGAUCCAGACGAUAAGAAGCCAGAAGACUGGGAUGAGAGGGCAAAAAUUCCAGACCCAGACGCAAAAAAACCAGAAGAUUGGGAUGAGGAUGCACCUUUGGAAAUUGAAGAUGAGGAUGCUGUAAAACCUGAAGGAUGGUUAGAUGAUGAGCCUGAGGAAAUUGAUGAUCCCGACGCAACAAAACCAGAAGAUUGGGAUGAUGAGGAGGAUGGUGAAUGGGAGGCUCCAAAGAUUGACAACCCCAAGUGUGAGUCUGCAUCUGGGUGUGGUGAGUGGAAGAGGCCAAUGAAGCGGAAUCCAGCUUAUAAAGGAAAAUGGUAUGCCUCUCUUAUUGACAACCCCAGCUACAAGGGUAUCUGGAAACCUCAGCAAAUUCCAAACCCGAACUACUUUGAGCUUGAGAAACCGAACUUUGAGCCUGUUGCUGCCAUUGGUAUUGAGAUUUGGACGAUGCAAGAUGGUAUUUUGUUCGACAAUAUUUUGAUAGCCAGUGAUGAGAAAGUUGCUGAAUCCUACAGGGAGAUGAAAUGGAAGCCGAAGUUUUUAGUAGAAAAAGAGAAGCAGAAAGCUGAGGAAGAAGCUGCCGGCAUUUCUGGUGGUCUCAAAGGGGUCCAGAAGAAGGUAUUUGACCUCCUGUACAAGAUUGCCGACAUUCCGUUCUUGAGUGAGCACAAGCUUAAGAUUUUGGAUCUCAUCGAGAAGGCUGAGAAACAACCAAACAUGACAAUUGGCAUCCUCAUCUCUGUUGUGGUGGUUGUCUUCACAAUUUUGUUGAAGCUCGUGUUUGGUGGCAAGAAGCCAGCAAAAACCACUGAGGAGAGCAAGAAGACAGAAGUAGCUGAGACUUCAAACAAUCAAGAAAACACAGAGGAGAAGGAAGAGCAGAAUGACGACACCACUGCUCCUCCACGUCGGAGGAAUACCAGGAGGGAUAAUUAGGGAUGGAGAGCAGAACAGAGGCACUAGCGGUUAUCAGUUUUUUGGUAGAUUUUUGGCUUAGUUGUUUCCCGUGCUGAAUUUUUCACACGAGACCACGAUUUUUCAUUAUUAAGGUUUGUUUCGAAACAAUCAUAUAUGGCAAUGUAUAUGAGACGAUCUUUCAGAAGUUGAUCAGUUAUGCAUGUACCUACGUCUUGAGGAGUUGUGGAUUUUAACUGGGAAGAUUUUGAAGAUUAUUGGUGAUGAAAAUUUGUGAUCUCUCGUGGUUUUAAGUCUUGAUUGUGGUCUAUUGGAAUUAUUUGUCGGCUAUAAACU